AUGAAGUUCCUUACUCUUAUUUCAGUAGCUUCCACAAUUGCUACCUCGUAUGCCGACUGGCAAUAUAGAACCAGACCCGAUUUGUCACCAAUUGAGUUGAACAUUACCAUCCCCGCGACAGAUGAUAAGGUUUCCCCAGGUUUUCUUUUCGCAGCCCCAUUUUCUGGCUACGACCAAGAUAACACCCAUGGACCUAGACAACCUGGUGCUUAUAUAUUCACAGACAAAGGAGAACUAGUCUGGUCAGGGUUUUCUUAUUUUGCCAAUUGGCAGGCUAACUUUCAGGCCUCCCGAAUCAACGGCGAAAACGUGCUCUUCGCUUUUGAAGGCACACACAACCCAGGUUAUGGCCACGGCCAUGGUCACAUUACUAUCCUGAACAACAGGUAUGAGACUAUUAAAGAAUUGCGUGCUGGUAACCAUAGGAUCAGUGACAAACAUGAAUUUCACGUCAAGGAUGAGAAGACCGGCUUGAUUCAAAUAUACCACCCAGUUCCAAAGGAUCUCUCUGACUACGGUGCUUCAGCAGAUCAACAAUGGAUCGUCGAUGCCAAGUUUCAAGAACUGGACCUGAGAACCAGAAAGGUUCUUUUUGAGUGGUCUUCUUUGGACCAUGUAUCACCUCACGAUUCGGUGCUUCCUAUCAACCCAUGGCAAGCAGGAAGUGGAUACAAUUCAAGUGAUGCCUGGGAUUACUUCCACAUCAAUUCAGUUGAUAAGGAUGAAAAUGGAGACUACCUAAUAUCUGCUAGAAAUGCUGCAGCCAUCUACAAGAUCAAUGGAACCGACGGAUCUAUCAUCUGGAAGCUUGGGGGACUACCUGGAAAAACAUCUUCAAAUUUCAAGGUGAAAGGAAAACCACUAACCUUUUCUUUCCAGCACCAUGCCCGCUUCUUGUCUACUUCGGAUGAUGGAUCCAAGCAAGUGUUCUCCUUUUAUGACAAUUCCGCUCACGGAACUGAGGAUCAUCGAGGUCAUGAGGUUCAUUACUCUGACCAAUCCAGUGGAAAAAUUGUUGAAGUUAACACAGAAACUAACGAGGCAACAUUACUGGCACAGUACGAUCCGCCUAGGGGACACAAUCUACUGUCCAAGUCUCAAGGAUCAACUCAAGUUCUUUCAAAUGGUAAUGUGCUUGUCAAUUGGGGUUCUGAAGGUGCCGUUACCGAAUACACGGCCGAUGGAACUCCGGUUUUCCAUGCCUAUUUUGGUACUGGCGAAUUGGGUAAACAUGUUGAAAACUACAGAGCUUUCAAGUUUGACUGGCAUGGAUAUCCAGCGGAAGCAAUUGCCUUACACUCCGAUAUAUCUCCUGAGGGAGAUACCAUCGCUUAUGUGAGUUGGAAUGGGGAUACUGAGACCUCCUACUGGAAAUUCUAUUCAAUCGAUAAAGUUUCGGAACGUCAGUUGUUGGGCAAAGUCCCUCGUCAAGGGUUCGAAACGAAGUUUAAAAUAGAGGGAGAAACUCACAGUAAGUUAGUCGUUGAAGCUUACAACGACCAACACCGCUUUUUGGCUUCAUCAGAUGUAGUUGUAUCUGAGGAACAAGUUGAGGAAAAACGAGUAGACACCAAGGCCAAAUUUCAGCACUAUUUUGCUUGGCUUGCAAAUAAAGACUAG